UGGUUCUGGUCAUGUUCCUAGACAUCUCGUAUUUUGGAACUGUUUCAAUAUAAAAGGAGAGAUUUGAUGAGCAAUCGUCACAACUCGUCAGAGCUUCGAACUGUAACAAUCAAUUUGUCCUUCAGCGACUAAUCCCUCAAGAAAUCAACAAUCAUGAAGUGCAUCGCAGCUGUAGUCAUGAUGGCCCUUGCCGUUGUUGCUGAAGGAGGUGUCGUGUCCUACUCGGUCCCACUGGCUUACUCCGCACCCCACACAACCGUCGUCCAGCAGAAUGUGGCUCCUCGGUAUGUCUCUACGGUUCCGGUGACCUCUUAUGCUGCAGCUCCAGUCACUUACGCCGCUUCCCCGGUAACUUACGCCGCCGCUCCAGUCGCAUACACCGCUCCUCACACCACCGUUGUCCAGUCGAACGUCGUUCCACGUUAUGUUGCCCCGGUGGCCUAUGCUGCUCCCUCGGUUGUGGCCUACAACUCUGUCGAUUCGGAAGUCGUUGAAGCCACCCAUGUGGCCGCUCCAGUUGCCACCACCGUCGUUGCUCAGCCAUCCGUAGCCGUUGUUGCCCAGAAGGAAGCUCGCUAUCUGGCCGCCAACCCAGGAGCCGUCCAUGAUGCCCCACUCGCUGGACACACCGUUUCGCAGCAAUCUCUCAAUCUGGAACCAGCUGCGGGAACCGUUUGAAGCGAUCGUUGUACCUGAUCUGACUAUUGGCAUUGGAAAUUAGUAAUUCAGUCCUCACAACUAUGGCAUCCAAGAGAGUUGAAUAAAUAUCUGUUUAAGUGAAAAUAA